AUAAAAAUUCCUUUAAAUUGGUAGAAUUUAAACGUUCAUUUAAAAUAAAGUUAUCAUUUCACGAUGCUUGGCAAAAUGGUUGCAAGAAGAAGAUCGCGAUCUUGUGCUGUAGUUUUGGCGCACAUUCGUGUAAAUAUACAAUUUAUUCAAUUUUGGUUAGCUAAAGUUACAAAAGUAGUUUUUAUUUUGUUUUUGGAAGAAAAGACACCAUGAUAGCUUCUGGCUACCAAUUGGUAGUACGUCAUAACUCCAACUUACGUCCUACUUUUGCAAAGGCAAAUUUUUGGCCGGAACUAUUUCUCGAUGAUGGCUUGCAAUCAAAAAGUCUUGUAGAAAUUUCGGGAGCAAAUGGAAGCGGCAAAAGUGUGGUGCUUUUCCAAAUAAUGGCUCGCGCUGUGCUUUCUGAUUGGCCGCAAGACAGCUGUUGCGAAAUUAUUUUCAUAGAUCUAACACACAAAUUUGAUGUGAUCAAUUUUGUCAACAACCACUUAAAGCGUACGUUAACACGAACUCAUGAAACUACUCUUACUCCCGAAGACGAAAGCAAGAUAAUACAAAAAUGCUUAGAAUCGAUUACACUUCUAAAUUGUUACUCUUUAUCACAAUUUGAAAUUGCCUUUACCGAGUUGGAAAAUUUAAUAUGGAAUAACAGUAAUAUCGGCCUAUUGGCUAUAGAUGGUUUGGAUAGAUUUUAUUGGGAGGAUUGCCAUCAACAUUUGCAACGUAUGUCCACCUAUUACAAAAAAUGGGUAUCCAAACUCCAACAAUUAUGUGAAGAUCAUAAUUUAAGCUGCUGCUUUACAGUCGAAUCCUGUCAUUUAAAAACUAAAGCUGAAAUUGCCAUUAAUUACGAAUUAAAAAUUACCAAAGAUGCUGGUGGAUUAUAUAAAUUGAAUAAUCGAACAUUCUUUACAGAUGAGAACGGCAUAAAUUUUUUUGAUUAAUAAAAAUUGGAAGAAAAAAAGGAGUGACUACUCUUGUCGGUUGUUACAGUAUAAAUCUGAUUACAAAAGACUAAAAUCUCAGACUAAAAGAUUGAUAAAAUAGAAGAUAAUCCCACGUCUUGUAAAUCGUUGCUAUCUUCGUUCAAUUCUUAAAUCUAAAGCUUUUUCACCACUUACAUCCAAUUCCAUUGAUAAUUCAACUUCUAUUGCUAAAGUCAUGGGAGUAAAGUUACGUAAGACCAUCAACUUCAUCUCUUAACCAAUAACAGUCAAUUUUUUUGCCUUUAACGUGGCAUAUUUUCUCCAUAGCCAAGCAAAAGGAGUCUUGUGCAUGCGAAGAGCGACGUAUUGAAUUCGAAGAUAUUCCUAUGAAUGAUUUAUAUGCAGACGGUUUUAUAUGUUCUCGAUGCUUAAUAUAAUCAGAUUCUUUGGACUUUGAUGUUUCUAUAGAUGAUUUCAUUAUUUGUAUCGAAUGUCUAAAUGUUUUCACAUGUUUGCGUAACGAUGAAGGCUCGGUGUAACGUUUCUGGCAACAAGGUACUUUGCACAUGUAAAACUUUUCCGUAGAAUGUGUACGUGUGUGCUUGAAACGAUCAGAAGAAUUGCUACAACUCUCGUGUGCACAUACGUACGGCUUCUCGCCCGAAUGUGAGUGUAUAUGGAUUUUAAGGUUUUCGACUCGCGAAACUCGCUUCUCGCAUAAAUGACAUUGGUGCGGUUUCUCUUUGUAGCGAGCAUUAAAGCCGGGUUCGCUUUUCUGACAGGCUAGCCAGCGACAACACGUGUGAGCAUUCCAAACAUACGUACGUUCUUACUACUUACUCUUUCCUUGGUAUAUUAAAAUCCAAAAUUAAAAAAAUGUAGGCAUACAUUACCAAAGUACCGUUUGUCUCCGUUAAUAGUUAUUUUAAUUCAAUUCAAAACUUGGCCGAGCUGUUGGUAUUUCCCUUGCGGGUGCGGGCCUGGGCCAAGUUUUUAUUCCCCAUAUCGUACGUUAUUUUCUGGAUCAUCACGGGCUAUGGUGGAAUCAAACGCAAAGAAUGAAAUUCUUCUUUACACCAGUGUGGGAGAACUUAAUAAACCUAUGGUAAGUUUGGACUUCAGAAAUUUUCCGAGUUAAGGUUCCUUUUUUUGAUUUACAUGAUAUAAUUUAUAAGAUUCAUUUGCUCCUAUUUCACUAGAUAUAAAUGUUCCCGGCAGCAAACUGUUACGCCAGAAGAUAUGGAGCUGGUCGGUGUAAACAUGAGGAAGCCCGAAGACGUGACUAUAGAAAGGGAAUUUGAGAAAAUCAAAAAGCUUGACAUUGAAAAUUGGGAGAAUGUUAGAGGACAGAGACCGUGGAAGGAGAACGGAGAUUAACUUAUUUUAGUGCAAUGUUGUGUAAACUGUAGAUGCUAAAAUUACUGGCAUUACUGAGUAAAGAAUCGUGAGAUGACUUCAAAGAUGCGGAUUAACUUAAAUUUUCUCAUUCGCUUAAUGCUUUCAACAUAAUUUUUAAUUAUAAUUGUAUGCAUUAUUAUUAUUGUAAUUAAAUCAGCUAUAGAGUAAGAAGUAAAAGUAAAUCCAACUACCAACGCUUCUAUUUCCUAAACUCAUUUUAAAAAAUUUUUUUCUCACUAAUCAAUUUCAAAAAGAUUGUUUUCACAUUAACUUUGUCGUUCCCAUUUUUGAUCUUCAUUUCUUACGUUUCGUACCAUACUAUAUAUAGACUAUGUAGCAGUUGUUUGCACAUACACAGAUAUGUUUACUAUUUCUUAUAAAACGAUGUGAUGAGGCAGUCAAGCACGGCUUUUGUUGUUGUGUCAAUUGCUUAAUUUGUGUCAGUUCACUAUGAGUCUAAGCACGACGACGCUCGCUUACAUCCCAAAGUUGGAGAAGGCAUUUAAGUUGUGAAUUUUUCAUAAAAUCGGAGUUAUAUUUAGUUCAUAGGUGUUUAUAUAUAUUGUAUACAUAAUUUACAAAUUUAUAAAAAUUUACAAAUUUAAUUUUCUCCUAGACGUUGGAAUACAAGCAAAACUUCAUUGCUGAACUUGGUUACUUUACAAAGCCCGCCUGGCCAAAAGUAAAAAAACAAUUCCUCUGCAAAAUCUUACGGGUAGUCACCUAUCUGAAUGUCAGAUAAGCCUUUUCUUUUUAAAUAAUUUAAAUAAUAUAAACAAAUUCUUUAUUAUUUCUAUUUGAUUAAUGAAUGUAUUUCAUAGUUGAAAUAAAUACAUAUAAAUAAGUACAUUCGUUUCUUUUCUAGGUAAUAAACAAGAAGCAGGUUUGAAACGCUUCUUAGUCGUGCUUGGCGUAUCUUCCUCAGACGGUACAUCUAUUAUAUCCGGGCUUCUAAACACAUAAAAAGCAUUUAGAAACAAAUAGAAAAUCUCACAUUAAAAUUUUGCUCAUCGGGCCACUCCAGUGACAGCCGACAAGCCCUCUGAUUUGGGUGAUAUGGGAUCAAUUUGUACGACUGCCUGUCGAAGUGCAAUUUCGUCCUUUUUGUCGAAACGUGCGCAAACGCAGAAGGAAAUCGUAUGAAUAUCAACUCCGAUCCCUUUUUUUACGAUUACCUGAAAGGACUUCACCAUGUACGGCUUACAAGAACUAAAAGUGGUCAGCAGCUUUUCAAUGCCAAUUGUAUUGUCACAAAUAACGAUUUUACUAAAAAGAAUUUAAAGGCGUACACACCUAGGUCGUUCACUGAGAGAUUCGAAGUCGUUGGAAACAUCCCAUGUAUACACAGUGUAGAAGAUAUAAUUAAACACGCCGUAUCCGAUAUUCCAAUCAAGUCCGCUGCCCGUUUUCAAUGAAAGAAUCUCAACAACAAAUUCCCACAACCAGCACCAGAAUCGGCUUCAAAGGGAAAGCCUUCCCUAAGUCAAUCAAAUAUAGUAAUUUUUAUCUUUCGGUUGAGUACUUUUUACCCGCCUUAAAGCAAUGUUUGAAGGUGGUCGAUACGAUCACGUUUCAAAAUUCUGCAAAUCUAAGGAGAGCAGAUGCCUGAACUGUGGGAAGUCUCCGAGUGUGUGUGAACUAUGAGACGAGGAAGUGCUUAUCUUGUGGUUCAGACGAGCGCAACACUCUCAGCAAGUGUUGCCCGAACAGGGAACUCGAAUCAAACAUCAACAGGAUCAUGGCAAUUACAAAUCUCUCGUUUAAAGAGGUAAAAGAGAAGUUUUCCUCAGACUGCUUCGAAUGUCUUGACGACGUCUCCUACGAUGACAAUUUCCCUCCAUUGGGGAACGCGUCUGUCAUUUCGAGCAAGGACGACAGUGAUAAUGCCAAUAAAAUUUUAGCCAAGAAUAAAUUUAAUGCUGUCGUCAAAAGGGAAUCGGUUCUUUCCAAAUGUCCUCUCGAUUCAUCCACCAAACCUUCUCUCAAUGCACCCCCCAAACCAUGAGGAGCAAGUCUUCGACGUCCAGUAAUUUCAAACAACUAUUUGCGUUCCUCAGAACUUGAAAGAUUAAUCUCUGCGAUUGAAGAAAUUAUCCGUCCGAUGAUCCCUCAUAAUCUUAUUAAAGAACUUGAAGGAAAAAUGUGUGUGCCAAUUGUCGCCCCGUUCAAGCACCCAGCACUACGAGGAUAUCUGCCGCGGUUCCUUCUCAAUUUUAAAUGUGAUGUCCUUUUUACAAUAUAAUAUCCAAAGCGUCCGACGUAACCUGUCGUUUCUGGAUUUUUACUUGAACUCAAAUGAGGUUGAUUUCUGCAUCUUAAGCGAAGUUUUUCUGAAAGAUGAAAAUUGUUUUGAAGUUAUAGUUCCGAAUUAUGGUUCGGCCACCAAAUGCCGAAAUGAUGACUAUGGCAGUGUUAGUAUAUUAGUUAAGAAAGGUGUCAAUUUCAGACAUAUUCCCUACAACUUUACUGUUGACAUUAUCAUCAUCAAACCCAUGAAUCUUAAACCGAAUCUUUUCUUAACAUCACGCUACUUUCCACCCAGU